AUGAAGGGGAAGAAAACUUUAUUGACCUUCAAGAGGGUUCGCUCGGGAAAAGAUGAAAGCGGAUCGCCUGUGGCAAAUGCCACUUCUAGCAAGACAGGAGCGACUGGAAGUAUCAAUUGGUCCGGAGUCAAAGUAAUUCCAGUCUCGGAGAUCAUUACCAAGUGGCUCGUUCACCAGAAAGAAGCCACAAGUUCUACUAGAAAACAAGGCAUUAGUAUUGUAAAAGGUGCGGGCAUCAACACACUAUUACUUUCCAUCUUAGCCCUCAUGAGAGGCAUACCUUUCCCGUGGUGUCAGGCUCAAUAUAGCAAGUACGAUCAUGCACUUAGCUUCGUUUGCUUUACCAUGGUAGCAAAUAUUAUGAUCAAUUUUCGACAAAUGUCAUGGUUUUCAAGGAUUCUUGAUUAG